AUGCAAGACUGCAAACCUGUGAGUACUCCAAUAUCUACUGGUGUGAAGCUUGGCAAGGAUGGGGAUUCCGAAAAAGUGGAUGAUAGUAUGUAUAGAAGGUUAAUUGGCAGUUUUCUAUAUCUAACCGCAAGCAGGCCUGACAUUCUAUUUGUUGUUAGUUUGCUCUCUAGUUUCAUGCAUCGCCUAGAGACACACACCUCACAGCUGCUAAAAGAGUUAAUAAGGUAUAUUAAAGGAACUAGAUUGCUUGGAAUUUUUUUCCCAACAUCUGCUGAAGUAACUAUGAACCUGAUCGGGUACUCUGAUAGUGAUUGGGGUGGUGGAGUUGAUGAUCUCGAAGCACAUCUGGAUAUCUUUUCUAUUUGGGGACAAGUUGUAUUAGUUGGAGCUCUAGAAAACAAGAAACUACAACUCAAUACACAGUAG